AUGCCGCGCCGGGAGGUUGGCGCGAAGACGAUCGGCGCGGCCGUCGUCGCGCUCGCCCCGAUCGUCGAUGACGUUCUCGGGAGCGGCGUCGAGCCGGUGCGUGGAAUCGACGUCGUGCGCGUGAACUACGAGACGCGGAUCGCGGGGGGGGGGCGGGUGGACGCUGGGAAGUUUUUUGUCUUCGGCGUCGGCGCGGGAGAGGUCGUGCGGGGGUUCGACGCGCUCGUGGCUGGGGAUGAGUCGACGCCGGCGAUGCGCGCGGGCGGGAAGCGACGGGCAGUCGUGCCGGCGUCGAUGGCGUACGGCCAACGCGGGGCUGGGUGCGAUAAGGAUGGGAAUAACUGUCGGAUUCCACCGGGGUCGGAUCUCGAGUUUUACGUCGAACUGUUGGAGGUGAAGUGA